ACAGUUCAAGCCUAAGAGAGUGAAGAAACAAAAAUUCUUCUUCCUUGGCCCUCUUUUUUCAACCAGGAAAAAAGUUUAAUGGGGUUUUUCGACAAUUUAGCAGAGUGUGGUGGAAAAUAAACUAUAUAGUAAAAGGUCCCACUUUCCGUAGGAGAAAGUCUAGAUACAACAAACUUCACUCCACGCCCACCUACGCCAUGAUUCUCUCUCCAAGCAAAUCCUUUUGAUGGCGUUUUAGGGAGUGUGGGUUCCUGGGUAUAUACUGUUUUUAAUACACAUGACCAUGAUCGAACUCCUAAAACGGUGUUUUUUUUUUUAAUCACAAUCUCUUAUUAACCUGGAUUUGCGUAGAAUUUAAGUAUUCUUGCCCUCAUAAGCUUCUCUGACUUUUGGGUGUUUGGUAUCUUUUUAAUUGGGAAAACAGAGGGUCGGUGAGUGCAGGGUUGACGAAGCAGAAUAGGGGCUUGUGUUUUUUAAUUCUUGGUCGGUGAUUAUGUAUUCGUGGGAAUUGGGUGCUGUAUCUGAUCUGGGUUUCAUCAGAGUCUGAAGUUUCUGCGGAUUCUUCACUUGUUCAAGGACCAAUUUAGUGAACUGGUGCAGGCCAAGAUUUGAAGACCACAAGUAAUCGACAAUCUGAAUUAUGGGCUGGUUCACCAAGAUUUUUAAAGGUGCUAGCCAUAGUCACAGUUUUUCAGAAGGGCAUUAUCAUGGAAACUAUGACGAUGAUAGAUAUUGGGAAGAACAUCGUUUAUCAGCGGAUGAAUCGUCGGACUUUGACAGAGAAGAAAUUGAUCGUGCUAUUGCACUCUCUCUUGCAGAAGAAGACCAAAAAGGGAAGAAAGUGAUAGAUGAUGACUCUGAAUCAGAGGAAGAUGAACAUCAUGCUAGAGCUCAAGUGGAGGAAGACAAGGAAGACAAGGAAGACAAACAGCAUGCUGGAGCUCAUUUAGAGGAACACAAAGAGCAUGAUAUAGCUCAACUAGAGGAAGACGAACAACUUGCCAAGGCCAUUCAAGAAAGUUUGAUUGUGGAUUCUCCUCCUCGAAAUGAUAACAAAAAUUUAUUGCCUCCUUAUCCAUUCCUUUUUCCAUCUGGUUAUAGGAUCUGUGCUGGUUGCAAUGCAGAGAUUGGUCAUGGACGAUACUUGAGUUGCAUGGAUGCUGUUUGGCAUCCUGAAUGUUUUCGCUGCUAUGCCUGUAAUAUGCCAAUUAGUGAUUAUGAGUUCUCUGUGUCCGGAAAUCGCCCCUAUCAUAAGUCCUGCUAUAAGGAGCAAAACCAUCCAAAAUGUGAUGUUUGUGACAACUUCAUCCCAACGAACUCAGCUGGUCUUAUCGAGUAUAGGGCACAUCCUUUCUGGUUACAGAAAUAUUGCCCCUCACAUGAACGUGAUGGCACUCCUCGAUGUUGUAGUUGCGAAAGAAUGGAGCCAAGAAACAUGAGAUAUCUGUCACUUGAUGAUGGACGAAAGGUGUGUCUGGAGUGUCUAGACUCUGCAAUAUUGGAUACUCAUGAAUGCCAACCUCUUUAUAUGGAAAUACAAGAAUUUUAUGAGGGUUUGAAUAUGAAAGUGGAGCAGCAAAUACCUUUAUUGUUGGUUGAGAGACCAGCUUUGAAUGAGGCCAUGGAGGGAGAAAAGAAUGGUCAUCAUCACCUGCCUGAGACCAGAGGACUCUGUUUAUCCGAGGAACAGACUGUUACAACUGUUUUACGGCGGCCUAGGAUUGGUGCAGGCUUUCGGUUCAUAGAUAUGAUAACUGAGCCUCAUAGGCUAACCCGUCGAUGUGAGGUGACAGCGAUUCUUAUUCUUUAUGGCCUUCCCAGGUUAUUGACUGGAUCAAUCCUGGCUCAUGAAAUGAUGCAUGCAUGGCUUCGGCUAAAAGGUUAUCCGAAUAUGAGCCCAGAAGUUGAAGAAGGUAUAUGCCAGGUCUUGGGACAUAUGUGGUUGGAUUCUGAAAUCUAUUCCAGUUCUGGAAGUGACGUUGCUUCAUCAUCGUCAGCAUCCUCUUCAUCAGCGACUUCCUCAUCAUCCUCGUCGAAGAAGGGUGCAUAUUCAGACUUUGAGAAGAAACUUGGUGAGUUUGUGAAACACCAGAUCGAGUCGGAUUCGUCUUCGGCUUAUGGAGAUGGAUUCAGGAUGGGGAACCAGGCAGUUCUCAAGUAUGGCCUAAGGUCAACUCUGGACCAUAUAAAGAUGACAGGAACCUUUCCUCUAUAGUUUCAUACAUAUAGUCAAAUAAAUCAGUUUUUCCAUUCUCAAGAACCAAUGUGUAAGUCCUCAUAAGUUACGUAGGAAUACCUAUAGAAAUUACAUACCCGACUGCGGGGGCGGAGCCAGCCUUGGACAUUAGGGGGCGGAAGUUAAUGGGAGGUCCGGGCCGGCUGGCCAAAAUAAGCAAUGGGAAUGUUUUUUCCCCAAAUGCAACUGCAUCAAUUGCAUCAAUUUUAUCUGGACACUUGCCUAAUCUCAUAUCCUUGUACUUGAUAAGAGACCAAAUGCAAAUGAAUAUACACAACUGUUCAUUAAA